UUUACUCUACCAUCAGAAACGCCAAUAGAGGAAGUGACUUUACCUCACUAUAAAUCGGAACAUUAUUUCCCGGUCCAUAUCGGGGAUGUAUACGAGACCAGGUACCAGAUCACGGGCAAGCUUGGCUAUGGAGCAUACUCGACCAGCUGGCUCUGCCGAGUUCUUCAGAGCGACAAAUAUCGAUUACUGAAGGUGUCCACGUCACUACCAGCAAUUCCUACUGCAAGCGAUCGUGAGCUAAAGAUUUACGAGCACCUUUCGAAAUUCAAUUCUAAGCAUCAAGUCCACUCGCUGGUUCGCGAGCUGUAUGACUCAUUUGAUCUUCAAGGACCGUUCGGCAAGCACCGCUGCCUGGUGAUGCAGCCAAUGCGUAUGACGCUUCUUGAAAUGGUGAGCCUGAAUCCGCAACCGUUUGAUAUGCCUCUGCUCAAAAUGACUGUCAAUCGACUUUUGUUGGCCCUUGAUUGCUUGCAUACCGAAGCUGAGAUAGUUCACACUGAUUUGAAGGCCGACAAUCUAAUGCUUACUUUGGAGGACAACACCAUGCUAGUGGAUUUUGCGAAAGCAGAGACUGAGGAUCCUAGACAUCGGAAGAAGAUUGAUGAAGCUCAUACCAUAUACAAGAGCCGCAGAUUCCGCCGACCCACCGGAGGCAAAGGUUUUGGCCUUCCUAUCCCGUGCGACUUUGGCGAGGCACGGAUUAGCCAGAGACAGGAGUCUGGCCCGUUUGUUCAACCGCAUAUUUACAGAGCACCUGAGAUUACAACUAGAAUAUGA